GGGAGCUGACGCGACCGCUCCGCCCCCUGGGCCUUAACCGGCCGCCGCCGCCGCCGCGGACCGAGCGCGGAGAGCAGGGGGCUUGGACCCGAGGCCGACGCCGGGCGCCCCGCCUCCCCGCCUGCCAUGGCCAAGCCCCGCGCUCUGGCGGCCGCCGCACCCGCGUCCGGAAAGGCCAAGCUGACGCACCCGGGGAAGGCGAUCCUGGCAGGCGGCCUGGCGGGCGGCAUUGAAAUCUGCAUCACCUUCCCCACCGAAUACGUGAAGACACAGUUGCAGCUGGACGAGCGCUCGCACCCUCCGCGGUACCGGGGUAUUGGGGACUGUGUGCGGCAGACGGUCCGCAGCCAUGGCGUCCUGGGCCUAUACCGAGGCCUCAGCUCCCUGCUCUACGGCUCCAUCCCCAAAGCGGCCGUCAGGUUCGGGAUGUUUGAGUUCCUCAGCAACCACAUGCGAGAUCCCCAGGGACGCCUGGACAGCACCCGGGGACUGCUGUGCGGCCUGGGUGCUGGUGUGGCGGAAGCCGUAGUGGUCGUGUGCCCCAUGGAGACCAUCAAGGUGAAGUUCAUCCACGACCAGACCUCCCCCAACCCCAAGUACAGAGGAUUCUUCCACGGGGUCAGGGAGAUUGUGCGAGAACAAGGGCUGAAGGGAACCUACCAGGGCCUCACAGCCACCGUGCUGAAGCAGGGAUCUAACCAGGCCAUCCGCUUCUUCGUCAUGACCUCCCUGCGAAACUGGUACAGGGGGGACAACCCCAACAAGCCCAUGAACCCACUGAUCACCGGAGUGUUUGGAGCUGUCGCUGGCGCAGCCAGUGUCUUCGGGAACACUCCUCUGGACGUCAUCAAGACCCGGAUGCAGGGCUUGGAGGCGCACAAAUACCGGAAUACAUGGGACUGUGGCUUGCAGAUCCUGAGGAAUGAGGGGCUCAAGGCGGACACUGUUCUUCAUCUGCCUUCUCACCUCCUACCUCUCCCUGCUCACAACCCCAGAUUCUACAAGGGCACCAUCCCCCGCCUGGGCCGGGUCUGCCUGGACGUGGCCAUCGUGUUUGUCAUCUACGAUGAAGUGGUGAAGCUACUCAACAAAGUGUGGAAGACAGACUGAGUCCCCAAGGGGGUCUGCAUGGGGGUUGGCCGAGGUGCCUCCAGACCAGUCCCCACUGCCCUCUUCUCACGAUUCUAGUGCAGUCGUGCCAAAAGGCCCCUUUUCCCUGUUCCUUGCACUCCAUGGCCUGGGUCUGUCCCCUGCAGCCAUUGAGUCCACAUGUCCCUUAGUGCCGGGUGUCCCGUGGUGUGUUAGGACACCACCAUUGUGUCCAUGUGUCUGGCCAAGGCUGGGUGUCCCUCUGGCCUGUGAAUCUGUGCCCACUUGUCCAUGUGCUUACUCAUGAGCCGUGUACCUGUGUUUCAUGUUCCGUGUCAUGUGACCUUGUGCCCCACUUCCCGGGGUGCCCAUGUGGCUUGGGUCCACGGCCCUGUAGCCAUGGCCCGGUCCCAGCCCGGUGCCUUCCACCCUGGGCAGCAGGGGCACCUGCCCCGGCCUACCACAGCUGCCUCUGGGCCUCAGCCUGGCCUCACCGCAUUCCAGGGGCUACAUGCCCCCUGCUUCUCCCGCCACUGGCCUUAACUGGCCCUUGGGCCCUCCCUCCGCCCGGGACAGGGUGGCACCUGCCACUCUCACGACCACCCUCCCAUGGCAGAAUAAACCGGAUCCUGUCGCA